CGUGCACCGCGAAUUGGGAGGGAAGCAAGGACAGCGACAUUUGCACACGUGCUUCGCUCAAAAAUAUACCGCCACCAUGAUUCUCAGGCGCCCACUUCUCAAUGCGACAUCCGCUGCCGUAUCAAUACCAAAGACAUGCGUGCGCAACCUCCAACACUCAAUUCCCAUGCGCCCGGUCCCCAAACCGAUACCCUUUAUUCCCGACCACACAGCCUUCCUCAGCGCAAUCGGCCGCGGCCUCUCGGCACACGCGACAAAGAUCCCCUCAUGGGAAGCCCUUUUCACACUCACCUCGCCGCAACUGAAAGAACUCGGUGUUGAGCCCGCCCGCGCAAGACGCUACCUGCUGCACUGGCGCGAGAAGUUUCGAAAUGGCGAAUAUGGCAUUGGCGGAGACUGCAAGCAUGUCACGGAUGGAGUUGCCGAGCUGAAAGUCGUCGAGGCACCUGUGCCGCCGAACCCGCAACUCGGAAAUACGAUAAGUCCUCGUUCGGCAGCUGCAACGGCGACACAUGACCCAGGGACCAGGAAGUUGGUUGUCAAUGUGCCUGUUGGUACGGAUAGCCCUCCCGAGCCUGUGGAGACACUGCCAAAGGUCCAGGGUGUUGUUGUAAAGGGUGCCAGCACCAUCAAGGGUAAUUUUGUGGAGCCUGUAAAAGGAAGUGGUGGUCUUCGUGCUAGGAUACGGCUGCAGGAGGGCAUCUGGGAAGAGAGGAGGGGACACAAGGUUGAUGGUGGUGAGAGGAGAAAGGCAGAGGUGCGGGCGAAGAGAAGGGCUGCAGAGAAUAAGGAGAAGGCGCGGUAGAUGUAGAGAGCAGAUGGAGAUACGCUUGCUUGUACGAUGAAUCAAUUUAUCAUCUUGAGGUUUCUAUGUGUGUAGCUUUUAAAGGCUGGUGAUUGCAAUGCAGACAGCCAGUAUCACGGAACUGUCAUGUUCUCUGUUUUAAUUUCAUAUGAGAAGAAUGUCAGAGCAGGUGAUGAGAAAUUCUUGUGUAACCCCCCGAAAGAACAAAGUAUAUAAACACGUUGGUUCUACGUAAACGAAUCAGUGUCCAUCAGUCCCAUUACCCACAGUUUCAAGACUCCAGUCCAUAUUUCCUUUUCCCCCAAGAGCAUCUUACCCAAUUCUCCUUGGACCUCCACACA